GCCUCAACCGCAUCCUUGAACUACACCCGCUCUAGCCAGCGUAGACCUUUGAAGAGAAUGCAAGUCUCGACAUAGUUUCUCCAAAGCUGAGCGCCUUCCAUGUUCGGAGCCAGCAUGCAGCGAGCCUUCGGCACGGCAACGCCGCGCCGAGCAGGGACCGCAGGAGCAGGGAGCAGCGGAACAGCUGGGCUAACACCAACUGCCACGCUCGACACCCCACCGCGCUCGCCCACGGGUUGCUUGCGCCGUUCGUGGCGCUUCGGGACCGGAUCCAACACCGCUCUGGUUGCCAUUGCGGCUGUAGCAGGGGUGCUGAUGCUGGGCCUGGCUGCAUACUGGGACUUCAGCAGCCGGCCGCGCUACCACGCGGCAGCCCACGGCUUUCACCCCGCCCACGCCGCCUACAGCGACGGCGCCUACCGGCCCCACCACAGCAACGGCGGCAGCAGCGGCGGGGCCGGCGGCAUUGGCGGCGGUGGGCUGACGGGAUGGGUCAAGGCACACCUCUACUCCAGCAGCAGCAGCAGCAGCAGCAGCAGCAGCGGUGGAAGUGGCGGUGGUGUCAGCGGUGGCGGCAGCAGCGGCGGCGCUGGCGGCAGUAGCAGCAAGGGAAGCGCCGGGCGCCGGGCGGCGUUCCUGGCGGAGGUCCUGCCGCUGCGGGUGGUGCUGACGGCGCCGCUGGAGCUGGCAAUGCCGGGCGGCGGCGGCGGCGCCGUGACUGUGUCGGGGCGACAGGCGCUCACGGCCGUGUUCAGCCGGCCGGUCAUCGCGCUGGGCGCCGACUUCGGCCUCAGUGCCGAGCAGGCUGACAAGAUGGCGCCCUUCCGUCUGAGCUGCCCGGUGCCGGGCCGGGCUCGCUGGGUGACCACCACCAUCUACCGCUUCGACCCGGCGGUGGACUGGCCCUCAGACCUGAACUGCGAGCUGGCCUGGAACCAGCAGCUCAGCAGCUACGACGGUGUGCCCCUCCAGUUGGAGCUGGUGCGUGACGCCGGCCUGCCCCCUGGCGCCGGCAGUAGCAGCGCCAGCGCCAGCGCCAGCGGCAGUAGCAGCAGCAGUAGCAGCCCUGCGCCCGGCAGUAGCAUUCCGGCCUCGGUGCGGCUGGCGACGCGGCCCAACUCCAUGUGGGUUGCGGGGGUGCGGUCGGCUCGGGCGGCGGCGCUGACGGACGGGCUGUGGGACGCCAUGACGGGCUUCCCGGAUGAGACACUGCCCGAGGUGCCGCCGGACGGCCGCCUGCAGCUGUCAUUUCCAUACCCCGUCAAUCUGCAGAUGUUGCAGAAGGAGCUGCAGCUGUUCGAGUCUGGCAGUAGCAGCCUGUGGUCCGGCAGUAGCAGCCUGCCACUGGACGUGUCGCCCUGCGCCCCACCCGACUUCACUCCCUGGCGCCCCUUCCUGGCAGCGGCAGCAGCAGCUGCUGCUACAGCCGCCAGCGAUGCGGCUGCUACUGCUGCUACAGCUGCCGGGGCGGCUGAUGCGCGGCUGUUGCUGGACGUGAACGCCACGUGUGCCGAGGUCAAGCCGCGUCAGCCGCCCGAGCCCGGCCGCGGGUACAAACUGCGCCUCCCCCGCGGGGCGCGGUACCACGCCCUGUCCGGGCCGCUGGGCCAGACCGUCGAGGUCACCUUUGGCGGCCUGCGCCCCUUCCAGCUGCCUUUCCUGGAUUUUGCGCGCCAGCGCGCCGGCAGUGGCGGUGGCGGCGGCGCCGCCGCCGCCGGUCCCGGGCAGGACGCGCCUACCCACGGGUGGCGCCGCCUGGACGUGUGGUUGCGGCACGGGUUGGCGGAGGGUGUGGCGGCAGCGGACCUGGCGGCGGCGUUGACGGUUUGUCGGUUGACGCCGCCACUGGGGGAGGGCGCGGUGGCGGCGGCGCUGCCGCAGCCGGCGGCGCUGUCGUGGGGCGUGUGUGCCGAGGAGCUGGGGUUUAUGCUGGAGCUGGUGGGGCGGGGGCGGGCGAGGAUGGAGGUGCCAGGGUUAGUGCCGGGCGGCAGGUACCGUGUGGCGGCGGCGGCGGCGGAGGGCGUGCGUGACGGCUACGGCCAGCCGUUGCAGGCCUCCCACGCCGAGUUCUACAUGUCCAACGUGGACUACCGCUUCGUGCCGCCCUACGGCGCCAGUGGCGGCGGCGGCUCCGGGUUCUUCAUCACAGAGGACCAGCCCCUGCCGCCGCCCCUACCCCAGGAGCAGCAGCGCGGCAGUAGCCCUGGCAACAGCAGUAGCAGUAGCAGUAUUUGCAGCAGCAGUAGCAGCAGUGCGGCGCCGCCGCUGACUGCCUGGCCGUAUGCCGUACAUCCGCCUGACGCGCUGUCGCCGGCGGAGGAGGAGCAGCGGCGGCGCUGGGGCGGCGGCGGCGGCUAUGAGGAUUUCACACAGGAGCUGCACAUGUGGGCACCAGACCUGACGAGUCGCGGCGGCGGUGGCGGCGGCGGCGGCAAACGGGUUGAUGACAGGGCGCUGGUGGCUGUACUGAAGAUUCUGCAGGGCCGCAUGUACAACGUGCACCUCCGGGGCGUGCUGGGCCCCCCCGCCCGCACGGUGCCGCUGCCGCCCGAGCUGCGCACCCGGCCCAAGUACGUGGCCGGCGGUCCGGGCGCCGGCGGCGGCGAGGACCUGGACGCGGCGGGGCGCGGCUGGCGGCUGCUGCAGCUGCCGCUGCUGCUGGAGCAGGGGGAGGAGGGGCAGGAGGCAGCAGGAGGAGGAGGAGGGGGGCGGAGCAGGAGCAGUCCGGUGCGGGUGAUUGCCACCCAGCAGGGCUCCCAGCCCGUCAGCACCAACAUACAGGUCCUGCUCAACAGCAGCCUCUCACUGUCCGUGGUGCGGGCCGCCGGCAGCAGCAGCAGCAGCAGUGGAGGCGGUGGUGGCAACACGCUCACUGCUUGGCUGCUGGACGGCAGCUCCGCCUCCGCCAACGGCCUCAGUGGCGGCGGCGGCGGGGGCGGCGGCGGUGGCGGCGGCGGCGGGGCGGUGGCGGGCGCGGCCGUUCAUUUCUACAUGCCGCCAUCCUGGGAUGCCGACCCCGCCCGUGUGGCCUCAUGCACCACCGACGCCGAGGGACUGUGUCAGGUGGAGGUCGGGCCGGAGCUGACACGGAACGGCGGCGGCACCGGCCUGAUGGCUGUGGCUGUGGCCCCCGGCGGCCGUCUGGCGCUGCUGCCCGGUGCGGGGUGGCUGGUGGCGCCGCCGCCGCCGCCCGCACACGUGGCGGCGCUGGUGGCGGACCGGCGGUUGGUGGUGCCGGGAGACAGGCUCAAGAUCACCGGCUUCAUCCAGCGGGUUGUGGGCCGCGCCCUGCACCUGCCCACCGGCCCGCUGCAGGCCGUGCUGGAGGUCAGCCCGCCAUGGCAGCCGCCGCCGUCCGGCGCCGGAGCCGACCUGCCGACGCAGACAACCACAACCACCACCGCCGCCGCAACCACCACGAUGGCCGGCAGCACCUCCAGCAAUGCCAUGUCCACCACCGCCCACAUGAUUAAGGCUGAAGGCAUGAGCAGCAGUAGCAGCGGCAUGAGCAGCAGCAGCAGCAGUGGCGGCGCCGCCACAAGCACUGCGGCCAUAUCUGGCCCCGGUCGGCGGCGGCAGCUGGCCUCGGCAGCCGCCAUUGGCCUUGCCUCCCGGCCCGGCUUUGCAGGAAGUAGCAGCGGUGGCCACGGGAAGCAGCAGCAGCAGCAGCAGGGGCCGCCGCGUGUGGUGGUUGAUAUAGAUCCAGAAUCCGGAAGCAUUCACGGGGAGAUUGCGGUUCCACCGGACGCGCGGCUACAACCGUACAGCAUCCUGCUGCGGCUGCCGCCGCCUGGUGACGGCCGCAGUAGCAGCAUCCGUGUCGUCAAGCCCUUUGCCACACGGACAAGCCGCGGCGGUGGCAGCAGCAGCAGCAGCAUUGGCGCUGCUGCUACUGCCGCCUCCGGCGGGCCGAGUUUUACGGCUAUGGGUGGUGCUACUGCCAGGGUCGCAGCAGUGGGUCGCGCGGGCGCCCGGGGCGUGCGGCGGGUGCUGCUGCAGGGGGCGGAGGAGAUGGAGGUGGCGGAGACACAGGGAGAGGCGGGCGCGGUGGCGGAGGGGGAGCAGCAGCAGCAGCAGCAGCAGCAGCAGCAGCAGCAGCAGCAGCAGCAGCAGCAGCCGCAGCAGGCUGUGUUGCCGGCAGCGGCAGUGGUGGCUGCCGUAACGCCCGCGGUGCUUCCCGACACCCCGACCUCCAACGCCAACCCCGAUGCCAACACCAGCAGCAGUAGCGGCAGUGGCGGCAGUGGCGGCAGUAGCAGCGGCAGUAGCAGCGGCGCCGACAAUGACGGCGGAGGGGAGUACGACGGAGGCGGCGACGGCGCCGGCGGCUUCGGGGAGGAUUCGCGUCUGGGUGCGCUGGGCAAUGUGGAUGUGUGGGAGGUGGCGGCGUCGCUGGCCUUCACGGUGGCCGACCCUCGCCCGCCCACCGCCGAGCUCAAGGUGGACGCGCCGCCCUGGGCUGCCCCCAACGCCUCGGCCCUGCGCAUCAACCUCACGGCCGCCUCCUACAUCGGCGCCUCGGUGGAAGGCGCGGAGCUCACUCUCACCUGGCGCACCGCCAAGACGUCGGAUGUGGUGAAGCUGGUGACGGACGCGUCGGGGCGGGCACACACGGUUUUGGAUCUGGCGGCGCUGCCGGAAUCCAACCGCUCCGAGCCGUACGACAGCCUGGCGCUUGACGCGGAGUGGAUCGGGCCCACGCGCGAGCGCAUCACGCAGUCCAGGCAGAUCACCCUGGCGGACGGCCCCGCCCGCCUGCAGCUGCAGACGUCCCUGGACACGGACGUGCCGGGCGUGGCCUUCGCGCUGGGCGCCCAACUCACCUCCAAUGUGGACGGCUCGGCCAUCACCGGCGUCGCCGUCACCGCCACCCUCAAGCCCGACACCGACACCUCCGCCGGCCCCGCCGCCUGCGCCGACACGCCCAGCUGCGCCACCACCAGUGGCACGGGCCUGGACGCGGGCUGCCAGCUGGCGCUGCCGUGCGUGGGGCGCUUCGUGCUGGAGGCGUGCGCGGAGGUUGAGGCCGACGCGACCUGGGAUGGCGGCGGCGGCGGUGGCGGCGGGCGGCAUCGUGUGUGUGACCGCCGCUACCUGGGCCGUAACGCGUCCGAGUGGGCGGCGGCUCCCUGGAGCGCACACCGCACCCCCGAGCUGAGGCUGGACAGGGAGACCUACUCCGUGGGCGAGUGGGCGCAGCUGCGGCUGCAGGUGCCGUGGCCGGGCGCCCGACUGCUGCUGGUGUGGGGCAACGAGGGCGGCGUGCGGCGCACCGUGGUGGGCCUGGCGGCACAAGUCGGCAGCACUAGUAGCGACAAGGCCACCGCCGAGCUCAAGCCCAAUUCGCUGGCGGUGCUGAGCAUCGGGCCUCUGGGCCAGGAGUGCGUGGGCGGCUGCUCGCUGGUGGGGGUGCUGGACGUGCCACGUGCCAGCCCGUCAGACAUGCAGCUGCCGGAGCAGGUGCCCAUAAGUCGGCUGUUCGACCCGCGCGCCCCCCACAGCCUCAGCCUGGGCCCGCUACGGCUCAACGUGCAGCCGUCCAACUCCCUGGGCGUCGCCGUCAGCGUGGCAGCGGCGGCGGCGGCAGGUGGGGAUGUCGGUGGUGGCGGAGGCGGGAAGAAGGCGGCGGUGGUCGUGAGGGACGUGGGCGGAGAGCAGCUGGUGACGAUUGAGCCGGGCGCCCAGGCGGAGAUCACGGUCGCCGUCACAGAUCCCAACACCAACACCACCACCACCACCACUACCGCCGGCGCCUCCGUGACUGUGUACGGCGUGGACAAGGCAUUCCUGGACCUGCUGCCGUACCCGCUGCCGGCGCCGCAGCAGGAGGUGGUGCUGCGGCUGGCGGCGGCUGUGGCGGCGUACGGCCCCAGCGCUUACCGCCUGGCGCCCGGAGCGGUGCAGGCCGUGUUCGCAAAGCUCAUGAGCCGGCUCACGGGCCAGGACCCAUGGCUACCCACGGACACGUUUGUGGGGCAGCCGCAAGACAGUGGCCUCGCACCGCGCCUCUUCAGAGGCGGCGGCGGCUACCCAGGCGGCGGCUAUCCAGGUGGUAGUGGUGGCAGUGGCGGGCCGAUGUAUGCGGUGGACGCGAAUGACACCGAGUACCUGUCGCGAUUCUCCAGCGUCAUAUCACUGAUGCCGGGCGGUGGCGGUGGCUGGGGUGGCGGCGGCGGCGGCAUUGCCUACAGCCGCAUGCGUACGGCUGGGGUCGCUGGGGCCGCCGACAACGGCGCUACCCUGAUGAUGGCGACAGACAGCGCCGCGGGCGGCGGCGGCAUGGCAGUGGCCGCCAUGGCUGCCCUGCCGCAGCAAGAGAUGGCGGCGCUCCCACGUACCGCCGCCAUCAUGACCAAGUCAGCCGCAGCCUCCGACGAGUCAUUUACCGCCGCCGCGACACACGCCGACGGCGCCGGGCCGCCCUCCUCCACGCCCUCCGCCACCCUGCCGCCGCGCUCCUCCUCCUCCUUCAUCGUGACGCCGCUGUUCGCCACCGCCGUCACCGACGCGUCCGGUGUGGCUCGCGUGACCUUCACCGCGCCGCCCAACCUGGGCACGUUCGUGCUGCGCGCCUUCGCCGCUUCUGGCGCCGCCGCCAAGUACGGCUCUGGCGAGGCCAAGCUGGCGGUGCGGCGGGCGCUGUCGCUGACGCCCAGCGUGCCGCGCUUUGUGCGUGUGGGCGACCAGUUUGAGGCGGGCGUGGUCGUCACCGUAGGCUCCGCGCCGGCCAGCGUCGCCGUCAGCCUAAAGCUGGAAAACGCAGCCGACAGCCCUCUGACGCUCAACGGUGUGACCUCCAAGACUGUGACCUUCGCAGCGGGCGGCGGCCUGCAGCAGGAGGUGCGCUUCAGCUUCACGGCGGUCGCCAUCGCGAGCGCCACGCUGGUCUUUGAUGCGGUGGACUCGGCGGCCGGCGGCGGCUCCGACAGCCUGAGCCUGGAGGUGCCGGUGUACGGGCAGCAGGGCGACGUGUGGGUGGCGACCUCCUUCGCGCUCAAGGCGCUGCCCGCCUCCGACUCGGACGUGGUGCAGUGGCAGGAGGGGCUGGCGCUGCCGGACGCAGUGCCGGGAAGCGGCGGCCUUAGCCUGACGGCGGGUGUGGGCUACCUCCCUGCCCUGGUGGCCGCCUACGACGCACUGCUGCAGCAGGAGGAGACCAGGCUCUACCCCGAGGCACCCGCCGCGCUGCAGUGGGCGCUGCUGCCGCCGCUGCUGUCGCUGUACGGGCAGCCCCCGCCCAGCCCGGAGCAGCAGCAGGAGGUGGCGGCGGCUUACGUGGACCUGCAAGACCUCAGCAGCGGCACAGCCGUGGGGCUGGUUUGGAGGAACGCCUUCCCCAACUCGAGGUGUGACACCUACCUGAACGCGCGCGCCCUGUUCCUUGUGGGACUGCGCUCCUGCGCCCUGGCCUCCGCCUCUCCCGCCGCCGCAACCACUGGUGCCGGCGCCUCCGCCUCCGCCGCUGCCGCUGCCACUGCCGCAAAUGACGCCGCCUGGCAUGUGUAUCUUCACCGCCCGCUGCCAAGCUGCGCCGCCUUCCCCGUAACCGGCCAGGCGGGGGCGCAGCCUCAGGCCGACCCCCCGAACGACACGGUGGGGCUGCUGUCGGCAACAUGGGCGGCGGCGCUGGGUGGGCAGCUGGUGGCAGAUGCGGAGAUGUCGCGGCGGCAGCAGUACGGCGGACGGCCGUACGGUGACAUGGACACCCUGGCAUGGGCGCGGCUGGUGCUGGGGGCGAACUGGGAUCCGCGCAGAGCGGGGGCCGGCGACCAGGUGGCUAGCGACCUGUCACUUGCGAUAUUGGUCAGCAAGGCCGGCCUGGUCGACAAGGGCGGCGCCAACUGGGGCCUGCAGACGCGUGUGGCUCUGGCGCUGCUGCUGCAGUCGCUGCCGGAGGACCAGCGGCCGCACGGCGGCACCGCGGCCCUGGCGGGCGCACUGACGGGCGUCACGUCCUCACUGCGUGUGCAGGGCCGCACAGCCUACGUCGCGGCGUGGGAAGGCGCCACCGCCGCCGCGCCACUGGACACCCAGGCCCUGGCCCUGCUGCUGCUGCUCCGCUCCGGCGCAACACACCAGCUGCUGCCCAAGCUGGCGGCCUACGUGGCAGACCCCUCGGGAUCCGGAUCCGGUCCUGCAACAACCGCCUCGAUGUCGUACUGGGCGACGCCCCGCCUGUCGUACAUUGAUCAGGCGCUGGUUACGGCGGCGCUGGCCGAGUACGACAGAGCGGUUGGGAGCGCGCAGCCGGCGGUCAACGUCACGGCGGUGGCGGCCGGUGUCACGGUGCUGCGGGCCAACUUUCGCACCGGCGGCAACACGCGCCCCGUCACCAACACCACAGCAUGGCACACCAUCUGCGCGAGCGAGAGAAAGUCAGCUGGCGUCCACAAGAGCAGCAACACCUCAUCAUCCGCCAACGUCACCGCUCACGGCACGCUUAACAUGAAGGCGGUCGGCACCGGCGAGGUGUCUGUGGCGGCGUCGCUCCACUUCGUUCCCUCCGCGCUGCUGUCGUUCCCCUCCUACCGCGGGCUGUACGUGGAGGCGGCGCUGCAGCAGGUGGACCCGCGCACAGGCGGCCCCACCGGCGGCCGCCUGGCGGCGGUGCCGCUGGGCUCGGUGGUGGCGCUCACAGUGCAGCUGACCACUCCCGACGACCUGGGCGCGGUCACGCUGUCCGUCAUGAUGCCGGGAGGACUCGAGCCCAUUGACCCCAACGUCCCUGGGGGCGCUUCCGGCGGCGGCAGUGGAGUCGGCGGGAUGGCCACACGGCCUAUGCCCGGGCGGUCGUACGGCGCAGCGACCGGCAAUGCGUACGGCAUCGCUCCAUACGGCACGUGCGCUGCCGGGCUGCUCACUGACCUGCCGUGGGCUUCGUACGGCGCGUGGGGCUUCAUGUUCCCGGUGUGCCCGACCCAGGAGACGCGCCCCUCCGUUGUGACGUUCUCCUACUGGGCCCUGCGCGCCGGCACCUCCUCCGUCACCAUCCGCGCCGUGGCCGCCACUGCUGGCGAUUUCGUGAUUCCGCCCAUACGCGCCUGGGCCGAGGCCCAGCCCGAGCUCAUGGGCAUGUCGGCGGCGGGGCAGGUGCGCGUGUGCGCCGACUGUAAGGAGGCGGAGCCCGCGCCGCCGGCGCCGCCCCCGCGUGGCUGCCCGGGCGACUGCAGCGGCCACGGGCUUUGCAACGUGGCUGCGGGCACGUGCCUGUGCGGGGCCGGGUACGAGGGAGAGGACUGCAGCGAGAGGCAGAAGGCGCGGCGGCUGCGUGGCAAUUAGUUCGUGCCUGAGGAAGAGGAAGAGGAAGACGGGGCAUUGUUGGUAACCAUCGUUGGGAUGAGUGCACGCAGGACUUUCAGUAGUGUGUCAUGUGCAUAUGGUGCAGCGGGACAGUAGGGUUUGCAUGGCAUGGACUGCGGAGCAAUGCAUGUGUCGUGUGUCUUGAGACGUAGCAAGUACUGUGACAUACCGGUGCAUGUCUUUGUGUUGAUAAAAGCAGGAACACAAGCAGAAAGGUUGCUACCACUGUGUGUGUGUGUGUGUGUGUGUGUGUGUGUGUGUGUGUGUUAAAGAGCACAAGGAAAACGUUGCGCAAAGACAGUGUAUGCGAUGCAGCAAAGCGACGGUUUACGGGUGUUACCUGAAGUUACCUCGUGUGUGUGUGUGUGUGUGUGUGUGUGUGUGUGUUUGUGUGUGUUAGGAAAAGCACAAGGGAACUAUUGGACACUGCGCAUAUGCGAAGACAAUGGU